AUGAGCGUCUUGCUCACAAUUCUGUUGAGAAUUGCCGCCGAGGCAAACGGACUAUUGAGAAGGGUGGCGCAUCGCGGCCGGCGCCCUAGUCUUCUGGAGCGCACUUUCGAGCUCCAGGAGAACCCUUUGGAGCCGCACGGAUACGAGGACCGGCGGUGGCCGCAAAGGCCGGAGGAGGCGACGGAGCGCCAAGGUACGCGAGAGGAGGCGGAGGCGACGGAGGAGGGGCGACGAGCUGACGUGCUGGUGAGUUUCUUGAAAGAAAAAUAUUUAAAAAAAAAAGUAAAGCUUUCGGUACAAAGAAGUCCCUUUGAUCUGCUGCACAGUGGAACAAGGAACAUUUUGCUCAAAGCUCUAAUCAAACAGACUUCUGAGGCCGGAAGACGGUCCGACCAAACAAGAGGGUCGUACUCCAGCUCCACCGGACCGUUUUAUGUGAGACUCGGACAGUCUCAUGUAAAACGGACGUCUGAAGAUGGAAUACUGUCAAGCUGGGGCGGGCCAGAAAGAUGCCACCCCAAAAAGAGUCUAUCGAACUGGAACUCUGUUCCGAUAGUUUCCCAUUUGGUGCGGCACCGUGAAAAAGAGACUUACGACUGACCGAUCGCUUGCAGGAGUCGACGUUCAAGGAGCAGGAGUGGCAGUGCGGGUGCUGCUCCGCUCGGAUCGUCGACGAACCGGAGGGGAUCGUGGCGCACAUGCUGGAGCACCAGGAGACCGCCGCCGUUCUCCACUCGUUCAUAGUGGAGUUCAUGACGAGGGAGAACGGGCGGCGCGGCGGUUUCCAUCAACUCCACCGCGUGAUGCACGGUCUCACACGGCAGCACGGGCUCAGUUGCCCUUCCGACGUGAGUGCCUGAAAACAGAGAUUUUGUAGGAACAAGCAAAAACGUUAUGCAUUUUGGAGAGAACGAGAUGAAAAGAAACUGUUUAGAGACAAGUUAAUGUGAAUUUUACGUUCUUUUGCAGGUGGCCCGUGCCUACCUCGAGCGGACCGUCGAGGCCCAGAGAGAAGAGGAAAGGGAGGCGGCCGCCGAAAGAGCCGCCACGGAGAACGAGCUGCGACAGAGGCAGCGGGCGCUCGAGGAGAGAUUGGAGGCCCUGGCGGCCGAACGGAACGAGCGAGUCGAUCGGGAGAGGACCGCGGCCGUCAGGGAGGAGGAACUCGAUGCUCGGCACCAGGUAUUCGUCGCCAGUGAUCUUGUUCGACCGACUCCGCUCAAUGUCGGAGUCCUGAACAGGACGAACCGGAAGAGGGUAAGCAAUGCCGAUACCGGUAUUUCGAGCUGAAAUUUUUGUUUUUUUUAGAAGAGAACCCGAUGCUCAGCGCCAGCGCCCGGUCGGCAGCAGAUCGUGUUCGGGAACCUUGAGUUCCAAAUCGAUCCGUCGGACGACGAGUUCCGAGCACGAAUCGGCGACAUACUGGGCCGACUUGGGUAAGAUUUCAUGAUUUCAAGCGCCAAAAACCGACUAAACACUCAUUAUUUAUAGAAUCGAUUUGGAUUGGGACGCGGCAACGUUCCCGAACGCCUCGCGGGGACGGCAACACCCGAUCUCUCCAAUCUUCUGGACCAUCGUGGAGGUUCCGAAAGCAGUGGCGGAGAAGAUCGGGCGGGCCGUCGCAGAACACCUGGACAGCUUCAAUCAGCUGGAGUACGGCAAUAACGUAGAGGUUUGUUUAUUUCUCGAAAAGAGAAUGUCAGUUUUUUUGACCACGAAGCUUUGCAGCAGUACGUCAUUGUCGAGCUCCACGACACAAAAGGAGUCGCGGACCAGGGACGCAUUUCUGCACGCCGCCGCCAGCAAACUUCAGGAUGA